CCUCACUUUAUUCUAGCUCCUACUAUAUUCCCAUUCUUGCUUUAUUACUCUCUCUCUUUCUCUCUCUCCCUUUGGGCUAACCCUCCAGUUGAUGUGAUUCUCCACUACACCUCCAAAAACCAAAUAACCUUUACAAAAGAGAAAGAAAGUUCAAGAACCAUGGUUUUUUCUUCAAUUCCUGCUUAUCUUGAUCCAUCCAGCUGGAAUCAGAAUUAUUUGCAGCAACAAAAUCAUCAAAUAGCUGCAAGCACCACCGCCUCCAACCCUUUACUCCCACCGCCGCCUCAGCCACAUGGAGGAGGUGGCUCAAUCCGGCCCGGUUCGAUGGCGGAGCGAGCUCGGAUGGCCAACAUACCGAUGCCGGAAACAUCCCUGAAAUGCCCUCGCUGCGAAUCCACAAACACAAAAUUCUGCUACUUCAACAACUACAGCCUCUCUCAGCCGCGCCACUUCUGCAAGGCCUGCCGCCGCUACUGGACCCGCGGAGGCGCCCUGCGUACCGUCCCAGUUGGCGGCGGCUGCCGGAGAAACAAACGCAGCAAGUCGUCCACCUCCAAAUCCACACCUACCAGCGACAAAAUGACUGAUAAUUUAGGCCUAACGCCGCCUCCCCCACCGGUCCGCUUCAUGUCUCCUCUGCCCCACUUCACCGACAACUUCACCUCCGACAUGAACUUGAAUUACAUCGGGAUAGCAGCCUCCGCAGUCGCAACAAGUGAGAUGAGUAAUUUACUAGGCAUUGAGCAAUUCCCUUUGUUGGGCGGUCUUGAUGCAUCAUCGUACCAGUUUCAGGGCGGAGAUUUCAGCCAGGUGAGGCCCAAAUCGUCUAGCCCGCUAGUGAAAAUGGAGGAAAAUCCAGAGCACGGCCUAAUAUAUGAGCAGUGGAAUGGCCCGACCGCGGCUAGCUGGACAGAUCUUUGCUCUUCUUCCACAAGCAAUCCAUUGUAGAAUUGAUCCACCAGCAAAUAGGGAAAACCCUAGAAUUGGUAGGUUUCUAUUUAUCCAAAUGUGCAGCUUAAUAUAAAUUUGUAUGUGUAAUGUGCUGAUGGAUCGAUCCAGAAUAUGUGAGGUUUCUUGUAGCUUUGUGUUAAUUAGUUGGAUUGGAGAUUUGAUGUUUUUGAGGAAUUAAACUUUUAUGAAA